CGUCGGGCUCCUAACUUCCUUUUCAACCAAGAUGGCGGGGGACGAGGCGGGAGUGACUCUGGGGCAGCCGCACCUUUCCCGGCAGGAUCUGAGCAGCCUGGAUGUUUCUAAGUUAACACCUUUGUCACCAGAAGUCAUCAGCAGACAAGCUACGAUAAAUAUAGGUACAAUUGGCCAUGUGGCUCAUGGAAAGUCAACUGUAGUAAAAGCUAUUUCUGGAGUUCAUACUGUCAGAUUCAAAAAUGAACUGGAAAGAAAUAUCACCAUCAAGCUGGGCUAUGCUAAUGCUAAGAUAUACAAACUUGAUGACCCAAGUUGCUCGCGACCAGAAUGUUACCGAUCCUGUGGGAGCAGUACACCUGAUGAAUUCCCUACAGAUAUUCCUGGGACCAAAGGGAAUUUCAAACUAGUCAGGCAUGUCUCCUUUGUGGAUUGUCCUGGUCACGAUAUCUUGAUGGCUACUAUGUUGAACGGAGCAGCUGUCAUGGAUGCAGCUCUGCUGUUAAUAGCUGGCAAUGAGUCAUGUCCUCAGCCACAGACCUCAGAACACUUAGCUGCUAUAGAAAUUAUGAAACUGAAACACAUUCUAAUUCUACAGAACAAGAUUGAUUUGGUAAAAGAGAGCCAAGCCAAGGAGCAGUAUGAGCAAAUUCUAGCAUUUGUGCAAGGUACAGUUGCAGAAGGAGCUCCAAUUAUUCCAAUCUCAGCACAGCUAAAAUACAACAUUGAAGUUGUUUGUGAAUAUAUAGUAAAGAAAAUUCCAGUGCCCUUAAGAGACUUCACAUCAGAGCCAAGGCUUAUAGUUAUUAGAUCUUUUGAUGUCAACAAACCUGGUUGUGAAGUUGAUGACCUGAAGGGAGGCGUAGCUGGUGGUAGCAUUCUGAAAGGUGUAUUAAAGGUAGGCCAAGAGCUUGAGGUGAGACCUGGCAUUGUCUCAAAGGACAGCGAAGGGAAGCUUAUGUGCAAACCCAUCUUCUCCAAAAUUGUAUCACUUUUUGCAGAAAACAACGAUUUGCAAUAUGCUGUACCGGGAGGCCUUAUUGGUGUUGGUACCAAGAUUGAUCCAACGUUAUGCAGAGCUGAUCGAAUGGUCGGUCAAGUACUUGGUGCAGUUGGAGCUCUACCAGAGAUAUUCACAGAACUUGAAAUUUCCUACUUCUUGCUGAGGCGACUGCUAGGCGUUCGCACAGAGGGAGACAAGAAAGCUGCAAAGGUGCAAAAACUAUCCAAAAAUGAAGUCCUUAUGGUAAACAUAGGAUCACUCUCAACUGGUGGACGGGUCAGUGCAGUGAAAGCUGAUCUGGGCAAGAUCAUGCUAACAAAUCCCGUGUGCACUGAAGUUGGAGAAAAAAUUGCCCUUAGCCGAAGAGUUGAGAAACACUGGCGUUUAAUUGGUUGGGGGCAGAUCAGAAGAGGAGUGACAAUCAAGCCAACAGUGGACGAUGACUGAAGAGCAGAAAUGAGUGCUUCACCUCAUAAAGGAUGAUGAUCUUUCCAUAUACUUGGGGCGCAUUUCUUGGUGUGGAUGCUGUUGCACAGCCAAUAUCCACAUUAUACAGCAAGUCAACCUCCUUAGUAAAGUUCUAGUUUAUAUCUGCAAUAAAGACCUAAAUAAACUGGCCAAGAUGGAUUCAAUUAUCUACAGUUUUUGCAAACUUAAAGUAAUCUCAUGUUUAAUUUAUGACACUUUGAGACUAUUUGGAGCUGGUUUAUCUAACUUUAAGCAGUGUAAUUCAGUACCCCAUAAUCUGUUUUGAAAUAAAAAACGGCUUAUUUUUUCAUUUAAUUCUAAGAAGUCCUUGAGUAACAGAAAGUUGAAGAGAUUUAAUAGAUUAUCAGUGAAAAAGAAAAUAAACUCUCCUUGGAAGAUGA